AUGCGAGACGACCUCGAAACAGAACUCUUAAACCCCGAAGAAUACGGACGACACUUUGAAGGUAAAUCUGUCACUACUGGCUGUCUCACUGGUUCGGUCUCCUCUUAUUCCAAUACAUCCAUACUGUCAGGUGAUAUUAUUCUGUUUCCCGAGCAAGCGAAACAGAUCUACGAGAACGCCUUGAAAACAGGCCAACGGCGGGUGAAACGAAAGUUUAUUGGAUCGGAUCUCCGUCGAUGGGAUCCGACGCGUCCCAUCAUUUACAGUUUUGACGGAUCACACACGUCACGAGAACAGCGGAUCAUCGAAUUAGCUUUGGAGCACUGGCACAACAUCACCUGCUUGAAUUUUGUGCGAAACGACAACGCCAACAAGGGGAAUCGCAUAGUGUUUACUGAUGUCGACGGAUGUGCGAGCAACGUUGGGAGGCACCCUCUUGGUGAAGAGCAGUUGGUAUCGCUGGCACCAGAAUGCAUUCGGCUGGGUGUAAUCGCUCAUGAGGUGGCCCACGCGCUCGGAUUCUGGCAUGAACAAUCACGACCUGAUCGCGAUCAGUUUGUGAACGUCCGAUGGGAGAACAUCGACAAGGAUUCCAAAGGACAAUUCCUCAAGGAGGAUCCUGACGAUGUGGAUAAUGCCGGCGUGCCCUACGAUUACGGUAGCAUAAUGCAUUAUAGAAGUAAAGCUUUCUCACGUUAUGAUGAUCUCUAUACCAUAAGCACCUUCGUCACCGACUAUCAGAAAACCAUAGGACAACGCGACCAAUUGUCCUUCAACGAUAUCCGACUGAUGAAUAAGAUCUACUGUAGCAACGUGUGCUCACGCAAACUACCAUGCCAGCGUGGAGGAUAUACGGAUCCACGAAGGUGUGAUCGGUGUAGAUGUCCAGACGGGUUCACCGGGCAGUUUUGUGAGCAGGUGAUGCCAGGGUAUGGCGCAGUUUGUGGAGGAAGAAUUCAGGUGAACAGCGGAUGGACGAGAUUCAGCAGUCCAGGUUAUCCCCGUGAAUUCAAAGAAGGCCAAGAGUGUUCAUGGCUUCUUGUUGCUCCACCUGGACAAGUUGUGGAGAUGCAGUUCAUUGGAGAGUUUGAGAUGUAUUGCAAGGUCAGACACUCCCUUUGCAUGGAUUAUGUCGAAGUGCGAAACUCAACGGAUUUCGCGAAUACAGGAAUGAGGUACUGCUGUUACGGCACACCGAGCACGAGUAUUCGUUCAGCGACCACUGAUUUGGUAGUGCUGUUCCGUAGUUUCUAUCGAGGCGGUCGAGGAUUCGAGGCACGAGCUCGAGCUCUGCCCGCAAAUGGUCAGUGGGCAUCGUGGACACCCUGGACACCCUGCACGGCCAGCUGUGGAGCAUGUGGUUCACGGAUGCGGACUCGCGUCUGCCCGCAUGGAGCAUGCCCCGGGGAGCCAGUGGAGAAUCAAGUCUGCAACACCCAUCCAUGCAAUGGACUCUGUGCACACAAGAAAACAGAGGAUGGCGAAUGUGGUGGCUUUUUAGCCUUACUCAGAGGAGUAAGGUGUAAGCAAGAGCGGACAGUGAUGGAGCCAUGUGAGAAUGCUUGUUGUCCAGGGUUUUCCGUUAUUGGUGGUCGCUGCGUGCGGUGA